UUAUUAAUGAGUUACAGUUGAAGUUUGUAUUCUAUCCUUACAUCUGAGGUGUAUUUCAGCUACUCCAUCAUGUCAUCUUUCUCUGCCGUUGUGAUGUCUAUCCUCCUCUCUCAGGCUUUGGCGACUGGUUAUUCAAGUGGAGGUGGCUAUGCUGCUAAUCUCGGUUAUGGCGGUGGAUAUGGCGGUGGAUAUGGUGGAGGAUAUGGUGGAGGAUAUGGAGGGUCUUCUUAUGGACCUGCCUCUUAUGGUUCUUCUUAUGGACCUUCCUCUUAUGGUUCUUCUUAUGGACCUUCCUCUUAUGGUUCGUUUUAUGGACCUUCCUCUUAUGGGGUUCCAUCCUAUGGUAGCUCUUAUGGACCUUCCUCUUAUGGACCUUCGACCUACGGAUCAUACUCUUAUGGACCUUCCACAUAUGGACCUUCCUCGUAUGGACCUUCCUCUUAUGGACCCUCUUCCUUCGGUUCUUCCUAUGGAUCUUCCUCUUAUGGCUUCCCUUCCUAUGGGCUUUCUUAUGGCGGUAGCAAUACUGGUUAUGGUUCAGCUAAAUACUAAAAGGUUGAAGUAGAUGGUCUUCUGUAGAACGUGAAGAUUGAACUGAUUUUAUAAAAUUUUAUUUAUGUAAUUUUAAUAUUUAAUAAACUUCUCUUAUCAA